UCUACCUAGGUUAAUCACAUGAUGUCUGCAACAUAAUAUAUAAAUACUGUAUUGUAGUUAUUGUUUCACAUUCUCAUCACAGAUAUUACUGUAACAAUGGGAACGUUAAACCAGUUAGUUUUUAUUGCACUCACGUUACUCGGGCCCUUUGGGACGUUAGGACAUGGACCAUGGACAGGCCAUAAAGUGAUACGAUUGACACCUCAUAAUGUCCCCGAUGUGAAACUCUUACAGACGUUCCUUUCAGAGCAGCGCUUCGAUGUUUGGCGAGCACCAUCUGGCGUUAAUAGGUCUGUGGAUAUCCAGCUAUCAUCAUUUGAUUUCGAUGAUGUCACAAAUUAUCUUCGAGAAAAAGGUCUACAUGCAACAGUAAUGAUAGAAGAUGUUCAACAAAUCAUUGAUGAACAAAGGGCUUACAGAAAUGUAAAAGGCCCUAAAGCUAACGAAUUUGACUACACGAAAUAUCACCAGUUGGACGACAUAUAUGACUGGAUGCAGAAUAUCACCAAUGUGUACAAAGACAGGGCCACUUUAUUCAACAUUACAAAGUCGUACGAAGGCAGAGAAAUGGUGGGAAUAAAGAUUAGUACACAACCACAAAAUAUAAAAAGACCAGCGUUUUGGAUUGAAGGUGGCAUACAUGCACGGGAGUGGAUCUCACCAGCAACAGUUGUGUUUAUGGCAGGACAGAUGCUCGAUUUGUAUAAAUUGGAUAUGGAUUUGACAGAAAUGGUUGACAGCUUUGACUGGUACAUACUUCCGGUGACCAAUCCUGACGGUUACGUUUACACGUUUACAGAUGAUAGGACACGUAUGUGGAGGAAGACCCGGUCAAAGCAUGGUUUCUGCUAUGGCGUGGAUCCCAACAGAAACUGGGACUUAGAGUGGUGUAAGGAAGGAGCUAGUAAAGAUCCAUGUUCAGACACAUACUGCGGACCCAGUGCAUUUUCCGAAGUUGAAGUAAAGGGGGUUGCGGAUUUUCUGAGCAAGAUCGAAAAUCUGAAAGGGUUUAUAGAUUUCCAUAGCUACUCCCAGUUGUGGAUGUCACCGUGGGGAUAUACAACGAAACUACCGGAGGACUUUGAAGCCCAGGAUGAAGGUUCUGCAACGGCAGUUAAGGCAUUGGAGGAAGUUUAUGGUACAAAGUACAAGCACGGUUCGAUCGCCAACAUAAUCUACGUAGCUAGUGGUAGUAGCGCUGACUGGACCUACGGUAAAUUGGAUGUGAAAUAUUCAUAUGGAGUGGAGCUUAGAGACACCGGAAAAUAUGGCUUCUUGUUACCCGACGAUCAAAUUAUACCAAGUGGAAAAGAGACACUACAAGCUCUGAUUGCACUUGCAAAAUAUGUGCGCGAUAAUUAACCACUAAGUCUUAACCAUAUUAACAUAAAAGGCAUGCGCGAGAUUUAAACUGUAUGCUAGCUAGUCCGUCUGGAUAAAUACUGUCUUAAAGGGGGCACUCUUCAAGCACUAACAUAUCUGUAAUCUGUAUAUACUUGUUGUAACCUUGGAUACUGCCAACGGAUGAAAGAUUUUGUCUAAUAUAUAUGUACAUGUGUAUUCAUGUUCUUGUCAUUCAGGUUUUUAAAAUAAACUGAGAAUUUAGAA